AUGACGGCGUACUUUGAAGAGACAACUGGUAUUGCGAACAUGGUAUUGCUAGAAAACUCUGACGAAAAGAUAUUAAUCGAAAACUUAAAGAAGCGACUACGUAAAAACAUAAUAUACACGUGCAUCGGGGAAGUUUUAAUAAGUGUUAAUCCAUACAAGACUCUGUCAAUAUACAGUGACAAAUUGAUGCUCAAGUACUAUAACAACAACUGUGUUGAUGAAAUGCCACAUAUAUUUGCAACAUCUGCGAAAGUCUUUAAGUCUUUAAAAGAAUAUCGACGAGAACAAUGCAUUUUAAUAUCAGGUGAGUCUGGAUCGGGAAAAACAGAAGCAUCCAAAAAAGUCCUAGAAUUUAUUGCAAAAGCCACACACGGUGACCAUAUUAUUCAGAUGAUCAAAGAUAAGCUCCUUGUAGCAAAUUUAGUUCUGGAGGCAUUUGGUAAUGCCAAAACUUGUAAUAACGAUAAUUCUAGUCGAUUUGGAAAAUAUAUGGACGUGGAAUUCAACCCCAUGGGUCAACCAAUAGGAGGUAAUAUUCUAAACUAUCUGCUUGAAAAGUCUCGAGUUGUUAAGCAGGCUCAAAAUGAAAGGAACUAUCAUAUAUUUUAUCAGCUGAUAAAUGGAGCUGAUAAAUGUUUAGCUGAACUCUUAGCGAUUGACAAGGACGUUGAUUAUUUGUACGUGAGAACAGACAAGAAUGACAACGACGAUUUCGAAAAUGAAACUGUUAACGAAGAUUCCAACAAAUAUAAAGAAACUUUAAAUGCUCUUCAAAUUCUAGAAUUUAAUUUGGAAGAAAAAAUGGAUAUACUGAAAAUUGUCGCUAGUAUUUUGCAUUUGGGUAAUGUUAAGGUUCAUAAACGUGACCAAAUAAGCAAAAUUGAAAAUAUCAAUACAAUUCGUAUAGUGGCCGAUUUACUAGGAGUUCCAACUAAUGAUUUGAUAUUCGCAUUGACAAAUAAAAUAAUAAGAGCUCACGGAGAAGUGAUUCAGUCACAUCUGGACGUAGAAAUGUCGAUAUUUGCAAAAGACGCAUUAGCUAAAGCUAUUUACAGUAGACUGUUUGAAUGGUUGGUAAUGCAUAUAAACAAAACGCUCAAAACAACUGUUCGUAAAAAAAGUGGUCGCAUUAGUAAAAACAAAUCGAUUGGAAUAUUGGAUAUUUAUGGUUUUGAAAUUUUACAAAUUAAUGGAUUUGAACAGUUUUGCAUUAAUUAUUGUAAUGAAAAGUUGCAAAAGUUAUUCCUUGAUUUAACACUUAAGUCAGAACAACAAGAAUAUUUAAGUGAGGGCAUCGAAUGGAAUGUUGUUGAGUACUUUGACAAUGGUAUAAUAUGUGACAUGAUUGAAGAAAGACAUAAAGGGAUCAUUUCAUGUCUCGAUGAUGAGUCUCUUAAACAAACUGAUGUGUGUAAUAAUUUGAUUUUACUCAACGAGUUGGCGAGACGUUUCAAAGAACAUGAGCACUUUUCAUGUUAUCAAACUGCAAAUGAUCCAUCAAUCAAAAAGACAAUAAUUUUACCUACAGAGUUUGUAAUCAAACAUUUUGCUGGUGCAGUGACGUAUGAUGCUUCCAACUUUUUAGAGAAAAACAAUGACUUUCUGUUUGGAAAUCUGAGCCAAAUAAUGUCCCGCUCAACUAACGCGAUCAUAAAGGUAAUUUUUUCAGAUUGUCAGACACCCGACAAAAAAAUACCAGAAACUACAAUAAAGCAGUUUAAAAAAAGUUUGAAUCGACUUAUAAACACAUUAUCGACAAAAGAGCCUUCGUACAUUAGAUGUAUCAAACCAAACAACUACAAAGAAUCUGACAAUUUUGAUGAAGAAGUUAUCAGUAAACAAGUGAAAUAUAUGGGUUUAGUCGAGAUACUUCAUAUCAAGAAAGCUGGUUUUGCAUAUCGUGGUCAAUUUGAAGUGUUUUUAAAUAGAUAUAAGAGCUUGUGUCCAGAUACUUGGCCCGAUUGGAAACAACGUUAUGACGGGGUGGCUGUCGAGGCAGUAAAACGAUUGAUUGAACAUCUGCAGUACACGAGCGAGGAUUAUAAAAUCGGAAAGACUAAAAUCAUGAUAAAAUACCCACAAACGGUUUUUGAAAUCGAAAACCGAUUCCAAGCGUCCAAACACAGGUUGGCUACGAUUAUUCAAUCAGUGUGGCGUGGAUACAUGGCCCGUAAACGAUAUACACGAGUUAGGAAAUUGGUAAUAUACUGUCAGAAGUCAGCAAAACAGCGUUUACGAUACAGGCGGUCGAUGAAACUCCGAGAGUUCAAAAUGGUCAUUCAAAAGAUAGUUUUCGUUCAAAAAAACAUCAGGAGACUGUUGGCCGUGCGCUCUUACAACAAAAUUCGAAACGCCGGGCUGACGAUUAUAAAAUUUUUCAAGGGGUUCUUGUCGAGAAACGAUCCACCAAAUGCGUACAACCGUCAAUUUGUAGUAUACAAGCAAACGAAAUAUUUGAUCGAGCUGUCUGAAACGUUACCAAAAAGUCUGAUUGACGACUAUUGGCCUAAUCCACCGAAAUGCUGUGUCGAAGUAUCUGCCUACUUAAAGACCUUGCACCGUAGUUGGCUAUCAAGAGUAUAUCGAACGAAUUUGGCUAAAUUUCCCGAGACGUAUGAGCGCCUAAAAUUUAAGCUCGCCGCAUCUGAAAUAUUCAAAGGAAAGAAGUCAAUAUACCCAGAAAGCUUAAAAUUCGAUUUUAAUAUCGAUCGUGCUGGAAUUAUUCAAAAAUUGAUAAAUACUAACUUACAGAACGAUGAAAAUCCAAAAACUGUUUAUCUUUACGCCUCAGAGGUAACGAAAUUCGAUCGCCGAGGAUACCGACCAAGAGUUAGGAUUUUGAUAAUAACUACAGAAAACAUUUUAAUCAUCAAAAAAUCUGAUAAAAACCAAACUAUCAAAGAUCGAUUGCCGUUGGAACACAUAACAAACUUGCAGAUGACAUCUGGAAUGGACAAUUUCUUACUUAUCAAAGUAUCAGAUAAACUAGAAAAAUCUAAGGGAGAUGUUCUAUUAGAAGUUCCGUACUUGGUCGAAUGUGUGACAGCUCUUUCGAAACAAACAACUGGGAUAGUAGAAUUUAUUAAUAUGCAAGAGAAUUCAUGCAUGAAACAUGACAUGAAAAACUCAAAAAAUCCUGGAUUUAUCGAAUUUAUACCUGUUGCCGUCUCGGAACGCAAAGGAGAAAUCCGCAAAGGAAACAAUGGAAAUUUAACGAUUACCGGUUGA